CUUAGGUAAUAGAUCCUGUUAUUCUGUUGGUUGUUCUGGUGGACUUUGUAUUGGUGGAAAAUCAAUAUGGGAAAAUAAAAAAUACCUGUAGAGAAAUAGACUCGAACAUAUUGCAUUGAAAUGUAAUUAUUGUAACAUAUUGAACGAAGUAACGCGCGGGCGGAGUACUACACAAAGGGACACAAAGAGACACGAACGUCUGUACGAAGGUAGCCGAAGAGAUACGAAUGUACUGUACAAAAGAGACGUGAACAGACGUGAAAAUACUGUACGAACAUAUACGAAGAAACGUGAAAUAUUGCAUGGAGAGGGAUAUACAAAAUGAAAGCUUAGAUAAUAAUCGACGAAAUAUAUAUAUUCAUCUAAUUUUAAUAAUUAAUAGCUAUGGAUGAUUAUGGGUUUAAAAACUGAUAAAUUCAUACGAAUCAUAGCAGCAUAAUGCGGGUUAUUGUAGGUGAUAACUAAAAAUUGUUAAUGGCGCGCAACAAAUGGUAUUUGAAACUACUUAAAAAUUAUUUCAAAGUAGCUUGAUGUAAUGAAGAAUCGAUAUUCAUUCACAAGUUAUCUUUCUAAAUAACUGUAAUUUGGACAAUUACCAAUAAAAAUUUGUUACUGUGCGAUUGAAAAACAGUAAUAAGGUUUUGUAAGAAUGUUUCAUUAAUAUGUAAUAUUCUGUAUAGAACGAAUUAGUUGGCGAUACACAUACAAAUAUAAAUUAGAAAAUAUAAAUAGUUUGUAAGUUUGUAUUCUAUAUAAAAAGUGAUUCUCUCUACGUUAGAAAAUUAUUAAUAGUGAAGCUACGAAAAAAAAAAAAAAAUAUUUCAUCAGCAGGCAAUUAUGAUCGUACCGUUGCGUGCGCACCAUUGAGGUUAUGUCGGACUCGUGACGUGCGCACAGUAUCCGUACGCGUCUUUUAUCGUUUAAUUACCACUUCGUUUCGUGUUGUUGGGCGUCGAUAAGAAAUUCUUUUUACUAAUCUAGCGACCUUCAAGGAUUCGUGUUAAUAAUCGAUUGGACAUUUGGUAGAUUAAGCAGGAUUUCUACUUUUUCGCUAAUUCGUAAAUAGGAUAGUUACAUGAGAGGAUCGUCCAUUAUCUUAACGAACACAAAUUACUUAAUACAUUCUGACAAACAAAUUUACUACGUACUUGUAGAACGGAUGACAAGAUAAUUGUACUUGAUUCACAAUAAUCAUGUCUAUACGUCGGAGAACAGAUCCUUUUAUGACUCAACGCAUAUGGGAUGCCAUAAAAAUUACAAUGCAUCAAAGAAGUUUACCUAGCAAUGAUCGCAUGGUACGACAUUUGGCACGUGUUUACGGAAUUACAGAACAGCAAGCUCAAGAAGAAUUGAACAAAGCUGUGGAAGAUAAUCUUGUUUUAUUAAAAAAAGUACCAUCAAAGACAGGAAUUGAACAAGAAAGUUACAGAUUACCGAUAGAACCACCAGGAAAUAUCGAUCAUGAUUGGUAUUGUUACAAAUGCCAAAAAGCUGGAUUAGUAGAAUCUUGUCAACAAUGUCACAGAGUAUAUCAUCUCGGUUGUCAUGUACCUAUAAAUACAAAAUUAAAAGUUUGUGACUUUUGUGAGAAAAUAAAUACUGACACAUAUCCAGACAAACCUGAUCUCAAUCAUAUACUUAGCUUUACAUGUGGUCAUUUAAAAGCAAAAUUACCACUAGAAAUUACGAAUCGAACUAUAGUUUUUAAUAAUGAUCCUGUUGUUACACCACCAAGUGGGUUUUCUGGGCCUACGUGGAUAAGCGAAGGUGAAGAUGCAUGGCGUCCUGGUUAUCUUAUAAAAAAUCAUAUGGAUUUGGCAAUUAUGGACUCUAAAACCAACAAAAAUGAAUACAACAAUUUAAUGGAAUUUCAAGCAGAUGCACACAAUAUUCUGCAUAAUAUUCUGUUAUAUCAUGGAGCUCACAGUAUAAUCGGGGAAAUGGGCAACACAAUGUAUCAAGAUUGCUGUUAUGAUCUUCAAGAAAUUCGUCGGUGUGCGGACUGUUACCGAAUAUCGAAUGAGAAAUCGGAGAAAAUGUGGUUCUGUAUACCAUGCAACCCACCACAUCAACUUGUUUAUGCUAAACAAAAAGGAUAUCCUUAUUGGCCAGCUAAAGUUAUGCAAAUUAAUGGCAAUGUCUACGAUGUUCGAUUCUUUGGGGGGCAUCACAUGCGGGCUAACAUAGAGAAAGUUUUUAUUCGGCCGAUUAGUGUCAGCUUACAAAGUUUACAGCCUUCGGAAAAGGGAAAGUGGAAAGAAAUGAAGAUAAAGAGAUCAACGGCGUGGAACAGAGCUUUUGAAGAAUUGAAACAUCAUCAACAUUUACUACAAAAGUCGGGCAAGAUUAUUGAAGAAAUAGAUGGUAGCAGUGACUAUGAUGGACCCAAAGCUGCAAAAAUUCGGCAUAUAGAUUCAGCAAGUUUGAAAGAAACUUCUCAGCAAUACAACAGCAAUACAACAAAACAGAUUAUAAAAGACUUAAGAGUUAAAGUUGAACGUCUAAGUACUGAUGGUCAUGCAGAAUUAACAGCAUCCCAAGAGACUAAAGGAAAUAAAUCUCCAAGAAGUAAAGCUGGAAGCGAAGAAAGACAAGUCCCACACUUACCGGUAGCUGAGGAUGAACCUACAAGAGAAAUAUCCAGUACAUGUCCACAAGGUUUAAAGAAGGAGGGAUCUCAAGAAGACAUGGUAACAUCUAGUUCUCAAGAACCAAGAUCUAAAUGCGUUCUCGUGCAAACAGAGCAAAUUCAAACAGAAGUGAUACCAGCAAAGAUAAAAAGGGAACGUAGGACUUCUGAACAACCUAUAACAACGGCGUUAGAAAAACUACGACGAGAAUUGGAGCUUGACAAAUGCAGAGAAAUGGAAAGACUUCAAGCAGAACAUGCUAAAGAGUUGAGGCAACUAACUGAUAGACAUCAACAGAUUAUAUCUGAAAUUAAAAAGAAACAAUGGUGUUACAACUGCGAAGCUGAAGCAAUAUAUCAUUGCUGUUGGAACACAGCUUAUUGCAGUACUGAUUGUCAACAGGUUCAUUGGCAACGUGAACAUAAAAGAGUUUGUCGUCGUAAACGUUAAUUAAAUAGAAGGCGCAAUGAGCUUUAUAAU